CACCUCCCCCCUCUCCUUUCCAUCUCUCCGUCUCUGUCUGCAGGAAUCCAGUUCAGUUCAGCCGCACCGCAAUGCUGCUGUACAGCAGCUUAAAAGCAACCGCGGGCGCCCAGGUCCCCCUUGCCUCCUCUUCAACCUUCGCACUAGUUGCGCUGCUGAUAGCCCGAGCUGCUGCUCUCUAGCCUUAUUUCUUCACACUUCGAGCUGCUGCUCUCUGCUCCCUGAAGCAGGAUUGGAAGCUUUGGACGAGGAGGAGACAGCUAGCUGGGCAUAAAAUCUUGGAACCUGCCAGCGUCUCUUCUGAACCGAAACGAAUAAUCAUCAUCAAUGGUUGCGGUGAUCUGAGCGAUGAACCAGUUCGUCACUAAUUGGAGCAACAUGGGAGACAACUCCAGGCCACUCGGGUUCGCACUUUGAUUCCUUAAUUGAUUCGUCUUUAGGGCAGCUCCAAUGGUCCCAGCUAAGCAAGAAGCGGAUCUCACCUCAGCAUCUUCCUGCUCUCGAAGACGAUGACCUCAUUGAGCUGCUAUGGUGCAACGGCCAUGUCGUCAUGCAGAACCAGACCCAUAGGAAGGUACCGCCGAGGCCCGAGAAGACGGCGGGGUCGGCGGCUGCAGUCCCCGCGGCGGCGGCGCAAGAGGACGAGGCGGGCAUGUGGUUCCCGUUCGCGCUGGCCGACUCGCUCGACAAAGACGUCUUCUCGGAGUUCUUCUACGAAGCACCAGUGGCUGCACCGGUGGCCGCAGCCGCCGGCAAGUCCUGCAGGGACGUUCCAUUGGAGGACGGGGCAUUGGCGGUGUCCGAGGCUCCGUGCGACCUGAUGCCGCCGCCGAAAUCGACGCACAUGUCCAUCUCCACGCAGCAGACGAUGAGCCUGGCAGACGGCGGCGACGACGCCGGCGACCUGUCGGAGCUGGUCCGGAUAUGCAGCGCGGGGAAGGCGGGCGCGUCGUCGUCCAUGCUGAACGCGAUCGGAUCGAGCAUCUGCAGGAGCAACCAGAUGCUGGUGCAGCGCGCGGUGAGCGCGCCGGGGCUCGCGUCCGACUACUGCUUCGGUGCCACCACCACCACCGAGCCGACGAGCACCAGCAAUCGGAGCAGCAAGCGCAAGCGGCUCGACACCGAGGACUCCGAGAGCCCCAGCGAGGACGCCGAGUUUGAGUCCGCCGCCAUGGCAGCGCGCAAGCCGCCGCGGAAGCUGACGACGGCGAGGAGGAGCCGCGCCGCCGAAGUGCACAACCUCUCAGAGAGGAGGAGACGAGACAGGAUCAACGAAAAGAUGAGAGCCCUGCAAGAGCUCAUUCCUCACUGCAACAAGACUGACAAGGCGUCGAUGCUGGACGAGGCCAUCGAGUACCUUAAGUCGCUGCAGCUGCAACUGCAGGCGUUGCAGAUGAUGUGGAUGGGUAGCGGCAUCGCGGCGCCGCCGAUGAUGUUCCCCGGCGUGCACCAGUACUUACCGCGGAUGGGCGCCGCGCCGAUGCCGUCCAUGCCGCCGUUCAUGGCUCCGCAGCCGGUCGUGCCCAACGCGCCGGUGAACCCGGUGCCGCUCUCGCCGGGCUACCGGAGCCACGUGCCGGCGGUGGGCCUAACGGAGCCCUACGCGCACUACCUCGGCGUCAACCACCUGCAGCCGACUCCGUCGCAGCAUUACCCGCUGGGGGUGAAGGCCGUGCAGCAAAAUCCAACGCUUCAUGGAGUGUUGCACCCUGAAAGCGCUCCAAACUGAGGACCAGGAUAACUAACUGUAAAGGACAAGUUUGUGCUGAUCUUUUGACAAGUAUGAAAAAUAAGAAAGUGAACUGCACCCGCAAGAUGAAGCAGAGGAAAAGCUGAUGAAAUAACAAGGGGCAUUUCUUUAAUUCCCCCGUUUUUGAGAACUAUGCAGAAGAGUUAUCAAGUCACACGGAUCGAUCCCUUAACAUAUUGUAUUAACACAGCUUGAUUUUUGUUUAGUUGGUACUGUUGGGAUCGCUGCCUAUUGAUAUGGGUAAUCUCCUCUGCCCAUGCUCAUCUUUAGUUUACCUUCUCAAUUCUUCAGUUGAGAGUAGUUGAGACGGUUAAAAUUUUGCUUCUAUUUUGCUAUAUAGAUGCCAAGCAAAUGAGGAGUUUUCAAGAGCUUCAAAACUCCAGAAAAAAACUGUAAUUGUUGGUGUUUUAUGCUUUGUGCAGUUUCCAUUGUGCAGAAUAGAAGUGUUCACAGAGCAAAUAUUUUGUUGUUGUACUGCUGCUGAAAUUUUGUUCUCCAUUAUCAAUUUAGAUGUACCCUUAUAACAUGAUGUGUAUUUACUCCUGUAUCUUCAUAGUGUCCUUACGGUAUUAUUGUACACUAGGAUAGUAGGAUAUAACCUAGUGAUGUACACAUUACAACAUUGAACUCUAAGUUUUACCAAAUAAUGUUUAAUACCACCGAAAUAAUAGAUCCUCAACGUACACACUGUCCAGUUAAAAAAAUAAGUGACUGUAUGUGGUGCAUGAGAAAAGUGUAAAUUUGAGCAUUGAUAUCUUAUUGAAUAUUCAAAUUGCACACAUGAAAAUGAUCUAUGUAGAUUUAUCUCGAUAAGUGGUUCACAAAGUUAAAAUUUAACUGUGUUUUAUUAACAUAAGUCAAUGACAAAAGCACAUUUCAUGUAUUGUAUCGAUGUCCAAAACAAAAUUUAACUGACUUAACUGGCACUCAUUGAUCAAGAUGGGAUAACGGCUGAAAAAGG